AUUUACUUGGCUUCUAAGAGAAGAGAACCGAUCAGAACAAAGAAAGAGAGAAAGGAGAGAGCAGUUCGCAGUUUUCGUCACUGUGCGUAGGGUUGAUUGUUCAGCCCAUAUCUUGAGCUUCACUCGUUCAAAUCAGGCGUGUGAGGUGUCCAGAGAAAGCUCUUAAAACAAGGAUUCUGGAAUGGUGUAGAUCGCGACGAUCGGAGUUGAGGAAGGCUUCCAAAUCUGCGUUGGAAAGUACGACCCUGCAGCAGGGUUUCUUCUUCUCUAGGGGAAGAGAACUCGCCGGGGAACACCUCUUCGAGAGGGCUGUUUAGUUUCGUGGCAGGAGGGUGGAGCCAACUGCUGGGAGCAGGCUACUGCUCACCCAUCCUUAAGCGAGGAGUCGGCUGCCAACCUUUUCUUGGCCGAGGCGUGAUCGUUGGAGCGAGAAAGGAAGGCUAAAGCUCAUUAAGGUUGAGGCUUGAGCUUGCUACCUGUGCCCGUUGCUCGGGUGAUCAUUCGGAGAGAAGACGUGAAAUGGACCGUGGUGGCAGGAUUACUAGGAGGAACCCGACCGGCCGUGUACCAGUGGAGACUGGACAGGGCAGUCGAAGGACCUCUAGGGCAUCUAGAGGAGCUGGCCGUGGAGGCCGAUCACAGACCGUGAGUGACGGUCAUGUCGACACAGAAAGUGAAACCUACUGGUCCUAUGAGGACUCGACUUACCAACCGGAAACUGAGCCGGUUGAGACCCCUUACGAAGGGGAUGACGAUGAUGUAAGUGAUGAAGAAGGGGAGAAUGACUCCCUAGCCAGAAUUGAGGCGCUGCUCCAGCAAUAUCAGCGGGAGCGCGAGGAAAGGAGGGAACGCCGAAGGCGCCGAGGAGGGCGAACUUCGGGAGGGGCUUCAAGAGGAAGAAGCCAUGGCGACUCUAGGGCCCACAUUGAACCACAUGGGGGCCGGGGUGAUGGAGGUCCGAUCAUAAGGAUCUCCAAAUACCUCAAAGAGGCACGAGACUUGGGGUGCAAACCCUUCAAUGGAGCGGGUGACAUCUCGGUCGCCGCGGAAUGGACCAAGAGGUUGAACGAAGCAGCCCUUGAUAUGCAACUCACCCCCGAAUUCAAGCUAAGGGUGGCGGUAAGAUUGCUUGAAGGGAUGGCAUCCACAUGGUGGGACGGAGCCAAGGGAAAGUAUGGCAAUACCGUGACUUGGGAGAAUUUCCGACAGGAGUUCUUUGCCCAGUACUAUUCUGAUUUUGAGGUGAACGCCAAGAGGAGAGAGUAUACCCUCCUGACCCAAGGUGGCAAAAUGACGGUGAGGCAACUCGAACACAAAUUCAGGGAGCUCGCGGAGUUCAUACCGGAGUAUGUCUGUGACGAGAACCGGAUGGUAAACCACUUCUGGGAUGCCUUGGACUUGGAGGUGCGUGAGAGGGCAACACAGUUGCCUAACAUGACCUUUAGCCAAGUGGUCGAGCAAGGGUUGAAAGGGGAGAAACAGUGGGAGGAGAGGAAGAAGAGAGACGUCGAGGAGGCGAAAAAGAGGAAGUGGGAGAGUCAUGGCUCCCAAGGUUCCAACAAAAAGGGAAAUCAUGGAGGAGGAUCUUUCCGUGCACCGUCGCCACCAUCUAGGGGGAACCAGGGCUUGAGCAGGCAUGACUCGGGGUCACAAGCCUCGGGGAUGCCUCGUUGCUCGAAUUGCAAGAAGAGUCACCUCGGAAAAUGCCGUGAACCCCCUAGAUGCUUCCAAUGCGGGAACACCGGGCAUUUGAAGGCGCAUUGCCCACAAUUGGGUGGGCCAAGGUCAUCAGGACCAAGUAGCGGGGCUACGGGAACAAGAAACCAAGCCGGGGGUUCCCAAGUAACCAGGGGGCAAGGGGGAGCAAGCGCGAGCAACGCACCAUCCGUGAACCAAGGAAGGACCCAGGCUAGGAUCUACGCGAUGACGGAGGCGGAUGCUCAAGCUAACCCGGAUUCCGUUGCAGGUAUUGCCCCUCGUAUAAUAGUGUUUUAUCCUUAAUUAGUCCAUAAAUUAAGGUUACUAAUUGUUAGGAUCAAUGCACGAAGUUUUGGGGUCGAACCGGGAAGAUUUCGGACCAUUUCGGGCUGUUUUCACCCAGGCACGAUCGUGCCUAAGGCAGGCACGAUCGUGUCUCCAAGGCAGUAGCGUCCUGGGCAUUUUCCCAAGCCAGGCACGAUCGUGCCUACCCCAGGCACGCCGUGCCUGGCACCCAGAUUGCCGAAUUGCGAUUUUUCGCACCGUUUUGCGACGUUAAGACCUUUUCUUGAUCCCUAACGUGCGUGUGAACAUUGUAACCUUCUAUAAAUGAGUAGGGAGGGUAGGAAAGAUGUCUUACAUGGUUCAUGAAUGUAGGGACACUAAAGAUUAAUGGGAAGGAUGCGCGAAUCCUUAUCGAUACCGGGGCGCAACGUUCAUUUGUGAAUGAAGCGUUCGCCAAGAGAUUGGAAGUGCAAUCCGCACCAUUGAUGCAAACCUUAGUGGUAUCAACACCACUAGGGGAUGACGUGGAAAGAACUUGUUACUAUCUAUCUUGUGGAGUGGAAGUUAAUGGUCAAACCUUGACGUGUGACUUCGUACCGCUGAACAUGAUUGAAUUCGAUGCAAUCCUAGGGAUGGAUUGGCUAGAAAAGAACCAUGCUAGGGUAGAUUGCUACACGAAGGUUCUUGAACUCGAAGGCAAUGAUGGGGAGACCCUACGCUUCGAGGGCGAUCGAGGGAGAUCAAAUAGCUGUAUCAUAUCCGCCGUGAGAGCGAGAAGUAUGAUGAGGAAGGGAUGUCAUGCGUAUCUUGCAUAUGUGAUUGACAAGACCAAAGAUGAGACGAAUAUCAAUGACGUAAGGGUGGUUUGUAAGUACCCAGAUGUCUUCCCUGAUGACCUACCGGGGCUUCCACCCGAUAGGGAGAUUGAGUUUGUGAUCGAGGUUGAGCCCGGCACCAAACCAAUCUCUAUACCACCAUACCGAAUGGCACCAGCUGAACUUGAUGAGUUAAAAACCCAACUGCAAGAGCUAUUGGAUACCGGUUUCAUUAGACCAAGUUGUUCACCGUGGGGAGCACCAGUCCUCUUUGUGAAGAAGAAGGAUGGGACCCUCCGGAUGUGUAUUGAUUACCGGCAGUUGAACAAGGCCACCAUCAAGAACAGGUAUCCUCUACCUAGGAUUGAUGACUUGUUCGACCAACUUCGAGGGGCAACGGUAUUCUCGAAGAUCGACCUAAGGUCGGGGUACCACCAACUGAAGAUCAAGGAGAGUGAUAUACCGAAGAGUGCUUUUCGCACAAGGUAUGGUCACUUUGAGUUCUUGGUUAUGUCGUUUGGGCUGACAAACGCGCCGGCGGCAUUCAUGGACUUGAUGAACCGAUUAUUUCAUAAAUACUUGGAUCAGUUCGUGAUCGUGUUCAUAGACGAUAUCUUGAUUUACUCAAGGAGUGAAGAAGAGCAUGAGCGGCACUUGGUUCUGGUUCUUGAAACACUACGAGAGAAGCAACUCUACGCUAAGUUCUCCAAGUGUGAGUUUUGGCUUAAGGAGAUUGGCUUUCUCGGGUAUGUGGUUUCCGCGUCAGGCAUUGCCGUGGACAACAAGAAGAUUGAGGCUAUCACAGAUUGGGAAAGGCCAAAGAACGUGAAGGAGGUCCGCAGUUUCCUUGGGCUAGCGGGCUACUAUAGAAAGUUUGUGGAAAAGUUCUCAGUUUUGGCAUCGCCAUUGACGAAGCUCACUCGAAAAGGGGCUAAGUUUGUAUGGGAUGACCGAUGUGAGAAAGGUUUCCUUGAAUUGAAGAAGAGGUUGACUGAGGCACCGGUACUUGCACUACCAAAGCAAGGUAUGGGGUACGAUGUCUAUAGUGACGCGAGCAUCCAGGGGCUCGGUUGCGUGUUGAUGCAGUCGGGGAGGGUGAUUGCCUAUGCUUCACGACAGUUGAAGAAACACGAGGUGAAUUAUCCUACUCAUGACUUAGAGUUGGGGGCCGUGGUGUUUGCACUUAAAAUAUGGCGACACUAUCUCUACGGAGAGACGUGUCAUAUAUACACGGACCACAAAAGUUUGAAGUAUGUGUUUACCCAGAAGGAGCUAAACAUGAGGCAACGACGAUGGAUGGAGUUGAUAAAGGACUACCAUCUUGUGAUUGAGUAUCACCCGGGCAAGGCGAAUGUUGUGGCCGACGCCCUUAGUCGGAAGAGUUCGUCUGGGGCAUUGCUUGCCAACUUGAGAGCAUUGAGGGCUCGAUUGGAAGUGUCUACUGAUAGCGCCUUGGUGGCGAGGUUUGAGGUGAGGCCUACCUUACUUGAUGAGAUCAAGAAGGGGCAGAACCUUGAUGAUGAGCUCAAGAAGGUCCGAGAACGUAUGUUAGCGGGACCGGUGGAGGAUUUCCGUGAGAGGGACGAUGGUCUCUUGUUAUUUCGUGACCGAGUGUGCGUACCAUCGAAUGAUGAGCUCCGAAAGUCCAUCCUUGAGGAGGCUCAUUCAUCAGCGUAUGCUAUGCACCCGGGAGGCACGAAGAUGUACCGAGACUUGAAGGAGAGCUACUGGUGGUCAGGUAUGAAGAGGGAGAUAGCCGAGUACAUCAGUCGAUGCCUUACUUGUCAGCAGGUCAAAGCAGAACAUCAGCAUCCAUCGGGCUUGUUACAGCCACUUUCCAUUCCUGAGUGGAAGUGGGAGCAUGUGACUAUGGACUUCAUGGUAGGCUUACCACGGACGGUUCGGAACUACGACGCAGUUUGGGUAGUGGUUGAUAGGCUCACAAAGAGUGCACACUUCUUGCCUAUCAACACCACUUAUCCACUUGAGAGGUUAGCCAAGUUGUAUACGGAUGAGAUCGUGAGGCUUCAUGGGGUUCCAGUGACUAUUGUGUCCGAUAGAGACCCACGAUUCACAUCGCGCUUUUGGCCAAAAUUCCAAGAGUCUAUGGGAACGAGGUUGAAGUUCAGUACUGCUUUCCAUCCACAGACAGAUGGGCAGUCUGAAAGAGUUAUUCAGAUCUUAGAGGAUAUGCUGAGGGCUUGUGCAUUGGAGUUCCAAGGCAGUUGGGACAACCACUUAGCGCUUGUGGAAUUUGCCUAUAACAACAGUUAUCAGGCGAGUAUCGGCAUGCCUCCAUACGAGGCAUUGUAUGGCAGGAGAUGUCGUACACCGUUAUGUUGGGACGAGGUUGGCAUGGCCAAACUCGAGGGUACUGAAUUGGUGGAGAUCACCAAGUCAAAGGUGAAGUUGAUUCGAGAGAGGCUUAAAACGGCACAAGACAGACAGAAGAGCUACGCCGAUAAACGUCGGAGAACCUUAGAGUUUAAAGUUGAUGACGAGGUGUUUCUUAAAGUUUCUCCUUGGAAAGGGAUCAUCCGGUUCCACAGCCGAGGGAAGCUUAACCCACGCUACAUAGGGCCAUUCAGAAUUCUAGAGAGAAUUGGGGCCGUGGUGUAUCGUCUACAGUUGACUCCCGAGUUGGAGAAGAUUCAUAAUGUGUUUCACGUAUCCAUGCUUAAGAAGUAUGUGCAUGAUCCUUCUCAUGUGUUGGAGAAGCCGCCCGUAGAGGUGCGUGAAGACUUGAACUAUGCCGUGCAACCGGUAAGAGUUAUUGACAGAAAAGUGAAGAAACUGAGGAGUAAAGAGGUUCCAAUGGUUAAAGUCCUUUGGAAGAGUGACCGGGUCGAAGAAGAGACUUGGGAAACGGAGGCUUUGAUGAGGAAGCAGUAUGCAUUCCUAUUCGAGUAGCGUUGUGAAUUUCGGGGACGAAAUUCCUGUUAAGGGGGGGUGAACUUGUGACACCGCACCCGUGUGUACCCGAAUUUACUAUUUGAAAGUUUCGUAAUUGAUGUUUUGAACUUGUUAUUACCAGCUGUGUGUAACACGUGUGUUAUCUUAUGUAACUCAUGCUUUGACGUUGUGUGAAACGAGUAGUGUUUGAUGUAACUUGUGGUUGUUAACCUAUCGUUGGGAUCCGUGUUUCGUGAGUGAGUUUCCAAAUACUGAUGUGGGCCAUCUUGGUUAGUAUAAGAGCCCGAUGUUAUAUGGAGAAGAGUCGCAUUACGAAGACACAAAUAAUAAGACUCAAUUUUACUCUGUAAGGAAUUAUCAGUAAGGAUUUUCCUUCCGGGCCGACUUGGACCGAAGGGGGUGCGUACCACACCUCCUUGGCACUUAUGAGACAAAGAGAAUAUUGUAUGUUGACUUUUGGGGCGGACCAUGAUGGAGUGGGGUUGUGUAGAGAAUAAAAUGAUAAGGGUUGGACCCCAUUUGUACUUAUUUAGUAAGACUUGGUGGAGAAUUAUCCACACCUCACUCAACCCACUCCACACAAAAGGAAUAACCUUUUGGGAGGCCUAAGAGUCAGCCUUAGUACCCCCCAUUCGAAUUUACUUGGCUUCUAAGAGAAGAGAACCGAUCAGAACAAAGAAAGAGAGAAAGGAGAGAGCAGUUCGCAGUUUUCGUCACUGUGCGUAGGGUUGAUUGUUCAGCCCAUAUCUUGAGCUUCACUAGUUCAAAUCAGGCGUGUGAGGUGUCCAGAGAAAGCUCUUAAAACAAGGAUUCUGGAAUGGUGUAGAUCGCGACGAUCGGAGUUGAGGAAGGCUUCCAAAUCUGCGUUGGAAAGUACGACCCUGCAGCAGGGUUUCUUCUUCUCUAGGGGAAGAGAACUCGCCGGGGAACACCUCUUCGAGAGGGCUGUUUAGUUUCGUGGCAGGAGGGUGGAGCCAACUGCUGGGAGCAGGCUACUGCUCACCCAUCCUUAAGCGAGGAGUCGGCUGCCAACCUUUUCUUGGCCGAGGCGUGAUCGUUGGAGCGAGAAAGGAAGGCUAAAGCUCAUUAAGGUUGAGGCUUGAGCUUGCUACCUGUGCCCGUUGCUCGGGUGAUCAUUCGGAGAGAAGACGUGGUUCGUGCUUUCUCCAUUCUGUUUGAAUAAUAUUAAAACAUGCUCAUGGAUAUUUUACUAUAGAGCCUGCGUGCUCAUGAAUAGCCCUGUGUGGCCCUUUGUUUUAAACAAUGUUUCCGCUGCAUUAUGAAUUACUUAUUAUGUUUGUUUAUGGAUGUUAUAUGUGUGA